AAAACCAACCCUUUAGAAUUUGAAGUAGUGUAUUUCUUCACGCAACACUCGCUACCAGUAAAGCUGUAGCUUGCUACUAUAACUCCAGAGAAACUAGACUUUUGGCACUCUGCAGUGCUCUACUCCAAAGCGACCAUUUUGGGUCUGUGUGUGUCUGUGCGCCUUCGAGAGGAAGUGGUGCAACUCGUUUCCUGCAGCCCCCCGAAUACACACAGCGAGAAGAGGGGAAAAGCAGCAGCAACAUAAAAAAUAAAAAAAGGUUUGCGAGUGAAGAAAAUGGCUGAUCGUACAGGACAAAUGGCUCUCCUUGUAAAAGCGACAAAAAUGCAUUGAAUUUCUUUAGCCUUUUUUUUACAGCCGGCUUCCAUUUCAACUCUGUUACACUUUACAUGUUAUGAGAGCUCUCAAUACAAGCUGUUGCCAACAAAGAAACAACCUCAAGAGUCAAAACAGGGAACCAGCCCAUAGAAGACAGAACAGUGGAUGGAAGAGCGCGAGAGAGAGUGAAGAGGAAGGAGGUUAAGAUACAGGGGCUGGUCAACAGGCAUGGCUCCAAUUCGGGACUCGGUCAGCCACUCUCCUAACCAAACAGGUUUGGACCACCCUGGCCUGGAUUCUCAGUAUGAGAGUUGCCCCUGGAGCUCUGGUUCUCCCUGCAGCAGAGACAGUAACUGGGACAAGGUGCUGGUAGACUCGGUCUGCAGUGACACGCCUUCAUCCUCCUCCUCCUCCUCGGCAGCCGGCAACGACCCCGAGCUCCCCUCAGAAUGCAUGGACACAGACUCUGCCUCUAGCUCUGGUGGCUCGGAGAAGAACUUGGUCACGGCGAUGUCGUCGUCGCCGCCGCCGCCUCCCGGCGCUAAAGGAAACGGAGGCCGUAACGGGAACCGCUUCUCCCCUCUGGCGUUGACGAACGGCGGCGUUCCUCCCGUUAACAUCGUGACGUGUAACGGGGCGGUGAAAGGCCCCAACGACGCCUCCGCCCCCGCCGACGGUAGCCACGGCAACAAGCCGAGCCCCUGGGCGUCGGCCAACGGUGCUGGUGUGACCCCCGGCACUUUGAACCCAAAAGUUAACCACAGUGCCUGGCCCGGUCCCCAGGGACCCUCUGGCUGUACGAUUGGCCAGCAGGGAGGCUCUCUGGGCUGGGGAGGGAUACGACCGGACAGCCUCCUCCUGAAUGAUGCUACUAUCAAGCCUCGCCACCUGAACACGACCAACGGACCAAAUAACACUACGAACGCCAUCGACACCUCUAGUGUACCGAACUCUACAGGCGCCUCAGUGCACAGGAACGAGUCUGGUUCGGGGCUGCGUUCCUGGGGAGGAGGAGGAGGAGGAGGAGCGGGGUCAGAGCUUGGAGAUCAGCUCUCCAACGGUACCCUGUCUGGCGCCCAGCACCCCCACAGCGAGGGCCUGGCAGGGGGCUUCUCUAAGCCCUGGGGGGCCUCGGGCCCUGGAGACACUGUGAACGGCCAGGGACACGGCCCUGCUGCUGCUGCUGCUGUUUACAACAGUAAAACUAACAGCAAGGCCACUGUAGGGAGGUGGGACUCUGCUUCUCCUCACAACCUGGGGACUGGAGGAGGGGCGGGCAAUGGGAACGGAGUGGGUCCUGCCGGGAUCCCCCGGCCAUGGGGCAACGCCUCCUCCUCUUCUUCCUCCUCUUCAUCUGGCUCCUCCUCUAACAGGCAACCCCCCAAUGGGGAGUGGAGCUCGUUGCCCGGUAACAAAUCUCAGGAUUCCGACGACGGACGGAAGUCAGGGGGAGGAGCCAACGGCUGGAAGAGUCUUGAAGACGACGCCCUCAGGAUGGGAGGAGGAGUGCAGGGACCUGCGAGCGUUGGAACGUCUGGCGCCAGUGAGGGGAGCGGGGAGAGCUCUGGAGGCCGUAGCUUAGACAGGAACGACCCCCGUCGACGAGGCCCCCUCCCUGGGUCUACUCAAGUCCUCUCCUGUUCAGACGUGGACCCCCGUGUCCUCUGCAACACCGGCUGGGGCCAGACCCCCGUACGCCAGAACACCGCCUGGGACGUCACCUCUCCCGCCCCCAGACCCGAUGACAGGAAACCCGGUAACGGAGGCCCUGGCUGGGGAUCGAAAAGCCACGCCGCUCGUUCUCAGACCUCCAGCUUUGGAGGAUGGCGUGGGGGGGACGGCGGCCCGGGCCCAGAGUCAGGAGGGUCUGGCUGGGUAGAGCAGAAGACGUUGUCUGGGUGUGGAGACCGAGAGAACAAAGGUCCUGGAGGAGAGCGAGGAUGGGACCACAGUAACCCUUCCUCUACCUGGGGGACCAGCCAGAAGGAGGACCUCUCCAACACCUGGAUCAACCCUCCGAAACCACAAAAGCAGGGCUGGGGGAUGGGUGGUGGAGACCGCUCCAGAGGAGGAGGGAGCAGCUACUGGGGUCAGCCCCAGAAGACUAGCGUGUCUGGGGGAUGGGACAACGACAGCGACCGUUCAGGGUCUGCAGGAUGGGGCGAGCCCGGCCGCCCGUCCAACACCAACGCCGACGAAAGCAGCAGCACCUGGGGUGGCAGCGGAGGGACCCCUGACCACCCCAGCAACCCUCACUCUGGCUGGGGAGAGCCCCCCGUGUCCAACCCCGCCGGACACAAACCCCAGAACCACCAGACCCAGGGAGGGUGGGGCGAGCCUGCCAUGAAGCCCAGCCACCCCUCUCAGAGCUGGGGAGACCCGGCCGAGUGGGGUAAAGAUCCAGACGCCAACCCGGACCCUCGAGGACCUCCACCAGGCGGUCCCCACCCCUCCAAACCCAGCGGCUGGACUGGGGUGGCGGUCCCAGCUGGACCCUCCCACAAGGAGGAGGAGUCGACGGGGUGGGAGGAGCCUAGUCCCGAGUCGGUGAGGAGGAGGAUGGAGAUCGAUGAUGGCACCUCGGCGUGGGGAGACCCCAGCAAAUACAACUGUAGCGGGGUCAAUUUGUGGAACAAGACCAGCCAAUCAGAGCAGGAUGCCAUGGAUGACCAAACCCCCCAGCCCCAGCAGCAGCCCCCACCACCCCUGAAUAACAUGACCAACAAGGACAAGACCUGCAGCUCUGGUUGGGGUGAACAGUACACAGGUCCCCAGAAGAUGGAGUCGGGAACGUGGGGUGAUCCGCCAGGCCCCCCCGUCUCUGUGGACAACGGGACAUCGGCCUGGGGGAAACCCAUGGACACUAGCUCCACCUGGGAGGAGCAGAGAGACAGAGGAGACAGAGGGGACAACUCUGCGACAGGAGGCUGGGAAGGACCUGGAGCACAGAACCACCACAAACCUGGUCCCAAGCCCAUGCAGCAGGAGAGUAGUACCUGGUGUGGGGAGGAGGUGUCGUGCCGGGCCAGUUGGGAACCGGAGGAGGAGGUGGAGGUCGGGAUGUGGAUCAACACCCCAAGUCACCGAGACAGAGACGGCCACAGAGAGAACCACAGAGACCGGGACCGAGACGGUCACAGAGACGGCCACAGAGACCGGGACAGAGACGGUCACAGAGAGAACCACAGAGACGGUCAGGACAACAGGAACAACGGGCCACAGCAACACAGCUGGAACUACAUGAAGAAAAUCCCCCCCAAGAUCAACAAAUCAGUGAACAAGCAGGAGGAUGUCUGGAUGAACCAGUUCGUCAAACAGUUCAACAACAUGAACUACCCUAGAGACUCUCCUGAAGACUUGUCGAAGAGCAAUAAGAUGGAGAUGGGAGGAGGAGGAGGGAUGAUGUCUGACAAGCGUAUGGAUGUGAACAUGGCAGAGUACAGUGGAGUGAUGGGGAAAAACUCAGCUUCCAGGCACCAGAUCCACAAAGAGCCUUCCAUGGAGAGAAGCCCUUACUACGACAAGUCCUGUUAAUGUGUGUGUGUGUUUGUGUUUCAGUCCUCUUAAUGUAUGUGUGUGUGUGUGUGUUUCAGUCCUCUUAACGUGUGUGUGUGUGUGUGUUUCAGUCCUCUUAACGUGUGUGUGUGUGUGUUUCAGUCCUCUUAAUGUGUGUGUGUGUGUGUUUCAGUCCUCUUAAUGUGUGUGUGUGUGUGUGUUUCAGUCCUCUUAAUGUGUGUGUGUGUUUCAGUCCUCUUAAUGUGUGUGUGUGUUUCAGUCCUCUUAAUGUGUGUGUGUGUGUUUCAGUCCUCUUAACGUGUGUGUGUGUGUGUGUGU